GACAUUCCUACACAGUCACGUGGUCAUGAUAGAGAGUAUCAUCUGUUCAUAUCUCUAUUUCUUUUCAGGAAUGCCAGUGGAAAAUUCCUAAGCAUGGGCCCAACCACCCCGGCCUGGAACAUUAACAACACCAAAUUGAAUGAAACUUACUACAAAUUGAAUGAAAGCUCCUGUAUCAGUAACUUCACUACCCUGGACUUUCUUACUGUCAUCAUUGCCAUGGCUGGGCUGCCAGGAAAUGCCAUAGUGCUGUGGAUUCUAGGGUUCCACAUGCAUAGGAAUGCCUUCUCCGUCUAUGUCCUCAACCUGGCUGGUGCUGAUUUCUUGUACCUUUGUGCUCAGAUUAUGUAUUCCCUGGAGUGUGUUGUUAAGUUAGAUAACCGCUACUUUUAUUUUAACCUCAUUGUAUUAAUGUUUGUUUACCUUGCAGGUUUGUGUAUGAUUGCAGCCAUCAGUGCUGAGCGCUGCCUAUCUGUGAUGUGGCCCAUCUGGUAUCACUGCCAAAGACCAAGACACACAUCAGUCAUCAUGUGUGCUCUGCUCUGGGCUAUCUCUCUACUGUUGAGCCUCCUGGUAGGGCAAGGCUGUGGCUUUCUGUUCAGUCUUUCUGAAGAUUCUUUCUGUAGUAUUUGUAGCUUUAUCACUACUGCAUAUAUAAUAGUAUUAUCUGUGGUUCUUUGUGUGUCCAGCCUGGCCCUGAUGGUCAAGAUUAUCUGUGGAUCACACAGGAUUCCUGUGACUAGGUUAUAUGUGACCAUUGUUAUCACAGUGGUGGUCUUCAUAUUCCUUGGUAUGCCCUUUGGGAUCUGCUGGUUCCUCUUGACACGGAUUAUGAAAUUUAAAAGCAUUUUCUCUUACUAUGUUUAUGAAAUGAUAGCAUUUCUGUCCUGUGUUAACAGCUGUGCCAACCCCAUCAUUUACUUCCUAGUUGGCUCCAUUAGGCACCGCAGGCUACAAAGGCAGACUCUGAAGCUACUUCUGCAGAGAGCCAUGCAGGACACUCCUGAGGAAGAGAGUAGAGAGAGGGUUCCUUCACAAGUCUGGGAAACUGGAAACAGUCUGGUGCAGUAG